AUGGAGGGAACCAUGGCUCUCUACUUCCUCCCCACAAUCUUCCUAGUCCUCGUCAUUUCCAAGCUCCUCCUAACGAAAUCCUCGGAAGCGAAACGACGUCGUAGAAACCUCCCGCCGAGCCCGCCGUCGCUCCCCUUCAUCGGCCACCUCCAUCUCCUGAAACAGCCCGUCCACAGAACGUUACAAACCCUUUCAAACAAGUACGGCCCCAUCAUGUCUCUCACUUUAGGAGUCCGAAACGCGAUCGUCGUUUCGUCCCCAUCUCUAGCCGAGGAGUGCCUCAACAAAAACGACGUCGUCUUCGCCAACCGGCCCAACAACUUCGUGGGCUGGAAGAUCAUCGGCUACAACUACACCACCAUGGGCGCGUCACCUUACGGCCCACACUGGCGCAACCUCCGCCGCCUCUCCACCGUCGAGCUCCUCUCCACCGCCCGCCUCAACUCCUUCCUCCACAUCCGCCGCGACGAGGUCACGCGCUUCGUCAGGGAACUCGUCAACGCCGCUGACGUGUCGGGUUUCCGCAAGGUGGAGGUGAAGUCGAGGCUGGUGGGUUUGUCGAUGAACAUGGUGAUGAGGAUGGUUGCCGGGAAGAGAUAUUUUGGCGAGGAAGGGAAAGAAGGUCGUGAGGAAGGCGAGAGGUUUAAGGAGUUGAUAAGAGACGUGUUCGAGCUGAGUGGGACGUCGAAUCCGGUCGAUUUCUUGCCGGCGUUGAGGUGGGUCGAUUUCAGCGGGCUGGAGAAGAGGAUGCGGGAGACUCAGGCGAGGACCGAUGCUUUCUUCCAAGGCUUGAUUGAUGAGAAUCGAAACGGCGGUGUACAGAGGGAUGAUGAUACGGGGAGGAAGACUAUGAUCGACACGUUCUUGAGCUUGCAGGAAUUCGAACCUGAGACCUACUCCGACGAAACUAUCAAAGGCCACGUCAUGACAAUGAUACUUGCAGGGACAGACACUUCAGCGGCAACGAUAGAAUGGGCCAUGUCACUCUUACUCAACCACCCGAAAGUCCUCAGCAAAGCUAGAGCAGAGAUAGACAGUGUAGUGGGCAACAACCGAAUUGUAGAUGAAUCUGAUUGUCCUAAACUUCCGUACCUUCAAUGCAUCAUAAAUGAAACGUUUCGUCUACAUCCGGUGACACCAACAUUAGUACCGCACCAGUCCUCUGAGGAUUGUGUCGUUGGAGGUUACCACAUUUCUAAGGGGACAAUGUUGCUUGUUAAUGCAUGGGCUAUUCAUAGAGAUCCAACGAUAUGGAAAGAUCCUAUGGCAUUUUAUCCUGAGAGGCAUGAAGGGGUGGAGGUGGAGCCUUACAAAUUACUUCCCUUUGGUAUGGGAAGAAGGUCGUGCCCUGGAUCUGGGCUUGCAAAUCGGGUCGUGAGCGUGGGUUUGGCUGCUUUGAUUCAAUGCUUUGAGUGGGAGCGGAUUGGCCAAGAGUUAUUGGACAUGUCAGAAGGACAAGGGCUAACCACACCAAAAGCUAAGCCAUUGGAAGCUUUGUGUAAACCUCGAGAGUGUUUGAAAAAUGCUUUCGUCACUAUGUGAUCAGGUGACAAUUGACAUCAUUUACUUUGCAGCUGAAGUUUGCUCUUGUGUGUUUUUCUUUUUAGCAUUUUGCUUUGAUUGAAAUAUUGCCAUCAUCUUGUGUGUAAACCUCGAGAGUGUUUGUUUUAUAGUUGACGGUUGAAUAAUUGAACUUGUACCUUCAUCAAGGUUUCUAGUUUGUUCAAAUAAAUUUUAUGGUUCUUA